AUGGACCCGUCCAGCUUAUCAACUUUGUACCACGUCGCCUCUGCUGCGGCCUAUCUUACCAAUUGUAAAGUCGAUAUCAGUGCGGGCCUGGACCUGAUUAAAGAUGCCAUUAAUCCAACUUCUCCAGUUAUUGACAUAUUCCAUGCAUUUUUCGCAUUGAAAAAAUCCGGUAAUGCAGUCAACGAAGCAGCUGUCAUGUCUGCCCUUACAGAAGCCUUGAAAAAGGAUGAUCUCCCAGCUAGUCAUGGCUACGCCUUCCUUGUUGCCGCUGAAUUCGGUGGAAAUUUGGCCAAAUUAUAUGACAGUAUUGAGGAUAUUGUUGCCCAAGCGGACGAAGUUGAGGAGAAGUACUUGCAAUUCGAAGGUGGACUUUAUGUUACCUCUCUAGUAGUCGACGGAGCUUACAAAUUAGCUGAGAAGAUCAACAAAGCUCCCCUAAUUAGUGAAGACAAGGUUGUUAAGUUUGCUAAUUAUUUUCUUAGUCGCAAACAUGUGCAUCAAGUAAAGAGUGCCUGUCAGCUGCUUUCAGUGAUAAAGACACUGACCACUAACCCGUUCCACAUCCCUGUUGCUGUUACUCGAGCUAGUUUUGUUGCUGUGAGUCCUGUGACCCCCAAUGUUCAGGUACGUGUCACUAAUUUGAUGGGUGAUGUUCUCGAAAAACAGAUCAGCGUAAUAGCAGAUUCUGCUCGGCAUAUGACAGACGACGCCGUCGUCCUUAGUAAGAAGACCUUCACUGCUUCAGCUACUGAUAAAACUUCGUAUGAUUUGAACUUUAUGCAGGUCAACCCAACUCGUGGAUUCUACAAAAUAAUUAUCAAUGUGGUACCAAGUGAAACUGACAGCCGCCUUCUUGGACUCACAGGAGCUGAAGUUCAAGUUAAAGUUACUGUUCAUGUUUCUAUUGAAAACGUUGAGAUAGGAGUCGCUGAUAAAGAUCAGACCACAGUGGCCAGAACUACCAAACUGCAGCAUCCCAAUAAGGCUGCUAAUGCUUUGGAAGCAGACUAUCACCAAAAGAUCAUCAUGAAAUUUCAGCUGAAAGAUAAGAGCAGUGGUCAGUUGAUGACUGCUCACCAAGCUUUUGUGAGACUGACCAACCUUAACACCAAGCAAGAAAUUAUAUUUGUGACUGAAGCUGAUAACACAAUGACCAAUAAAUUUGAUCUUGACAUUGGAAGUGGUGCCAAAGAUUUUGGUUAUCUAUCAGGACGCUACUCAAUGGAACUGAUUAUUGGAGAUGCUAUAAUUGAAAAUCCCUUCUCUUGGUAUUUAGCUGACUUGGUCCUCACCUUCCCAGAGUCAAUAGCUCCCAAGAAAAUCGUGCUUAACCAUCUGUGUAUCUAUCUAUCUAUCUAUCUAUCUAUCUAUCUAUGUAAUAAAUUGCUGUAA